UCAAUUAUCUGCCAAAAACACGACAUUGCACUUCGUAGCAAAACGUAGAUUUAGUAGCAGCUGUCUUAAAAUUGUGUUGUAAAUCAAUUUAAAAGUAAUUUCACAAAAUGCUGGACCUAUUUAGCAUCUUUAGUAAAGGUGGUAUCGUAUUGUGGUGCUUUCAGAGUACAAGUGAAAUAUUUAACCCUUCAGUAAACGCUUUGAUACGAAAUGUUAUCUUACAAGAACGUUCUGGCAACAAUACCUUCAGUCAUAAAGCGUUAAAUCUUCAGUAUAAGCUCGACAAUGAGUUUGAACUGGUUUUUGUAGUUGCGUAUCAACGCAUACUACAGUUGUCGUAUGUGGACAAAUUCCUAAAUGAUGUACACCUGGAGUUUAGAGACAAAUACAAGAAUGAAUUGCAAGGCGGCAGGUAUAUCAUGGACUUUGACUUCAAGACUUCCUUUGACAAUGUGCUCAAACAGUGUGAGCAAUGGGCAAAGUCACAAGCUAAACUUCCAAAGCAAAUGCGUACUUUCGAAGACUCACAGAAGUCAAAAAAGACUGUUGCAUCUAUGAUAGAGCGUAAGGGGGAUGAGAAGAAUAAAAAAACUGUAAAAAUAGUAGAAACAAAAGUAGUGCCUAAUGGUAAAGUUGAAGAGUCACCUGAGGCCGACGAUGAUGUCAUUGCUGCUAACAGAGCCAAGAUGGCGCAGAAACUGGCUGCUAAGAAUAAAAAGGAGAUAAAGAAAUCACCAAAGAGCCCCAAGCCCUCGUCCACGGAGCGCGUGAAGAAGCCCCGCGUGUGGGAGCUGGGCGGCGGCUCGCGGGACCUGCCCUCGCUGGAGUACACCACGGACAAGGACGCCGCGCGAGGCGACGAAGUGCAGCCGUCGGAAUACAAAGAGCUGCUGGGGACGAUGACAGGUGCCAUCCGCGACCUAGAAGUAGAGUCAGAUGACAGCAGCAGUGAAGAAGAAGAGGAGGAGCAGCAAGCUAGCCCUAAGAAGAGCGGUGGCAUGUUCAGCAUCUUCAAAGGUCUGGUGGGGUCCAAGGCGUUGUCGGAGGAGUCCAUGCGCCCCGUGCUGGACAAGCUGCGCGACCACUUGAUCUCCAAGAACGUGGCCGCCGACAUCGCCAACAAGUUGUGCGACUCGGUCGCUGUCAAACUAGAGGGAAAGGUGCUGGGCACAUUCGACAGCGUGGCGCGCACGGUGAAGGCGACGCUGACGGAGGCGCUGGUGCAGAUCCUGUCGCCCAAGCGCCGCGUGGACAUCCUGCGCGACUGCCUGCACGCCAAGCAGCAGGCCAAGCCCUACGUCAUGGCGUUCUGCGGGGUGAACGGCGUGGGCAAGUCGACGAACCUGGCGAAGAUCUGCUUCUGGCUGAGCGAGAACAAGCUUUCGGUGCUGAUCGCGGCGUGCGACACGUUCCGUGCGGGCGCCGUGGAGCAGCUGCGCACGCACGUGCGGCGCCUGGACGCCAUGCACCCCGGCAUGGUGCACCUCUACGAGAAGGGCUACGGCAAGGACGCGGCGGGCAUCGCGAUGGAGGCGAUCAAGUACGCGGCGGAUGCCAACAUCGACGUGGUGCUCAUCGACACGGCCGGCCGCAUGCAGGACAACGAGCCGCUCAUGCGCGCGCUCGCCAAACUCAUCAAGGUCAACGAGCCAGACCUGGUCCUGUUCGUGGGCGAGGCGCUGGUCGGCAACGAGGCGGUGGACCAGCUGGUCAAGUUCAAUCAAGCGUUGGCCGACCACAGCUCUACCUCCAACCCUCACGUCAUCGACGGCAUCGUGCUCACCAAGUUCGACACCAUCGACGACAAAGUGGGCGCCGCGAUCUCUAUGACGUACAUAACUGGACAGCCCAUAGUGUUCGUUGGUACGGGACAGACAUACACCGAUCUGAAAGCCUUGAAUGCAAACGCCGUCGUUCACGCUUUGAUGAAGUAAUUUCAAAAUGCAUAUAUUACUUGAUUUUAUUUGAUAAAUAGUUACAUUUUUAAACACCGUCGACGACAAUAUGGGCACCGCCGUCUCUAUGACGGGACAGAUAGUGUUUUUGUUUGUAAUUCGAUUUCAAAUUGGUCAUUGCAUAUAUUACUUGUUUUUUUAUUUAACAAAAAGCACUAGUAUACAGGGAGAUUUUUUUUUUGUUGUAUGCAAAUUUUUACAUUUUGUACAUAAACAAAAUUGAUUGGACAUGUAUUUUUAUUUCUUUUUAUUUACUCACUAAUAUCGAAGUUAUUAUUUAAUUUUACUUUUAAACAGAUUGUUACUGUAUGAAACCCCGAUAACAACAAAAGAAAUCGUCCCUGUAUAUAGACUAUGAAAUUGUGAUUUUUAUUAUCUGUACACAUACUACAAUUAAUUAAAUAGAAGGUAUCGUGCUCACCAAGUUCGACACCAUCGACGACAAAGUGGGCGCCGCGAUCUCUAUGACGUACAUAACUGGACAGCCCAUAGUGUUCGUUGAAACGGGACAAACACAAACAUACACUAAAAGCCCUGAACGCAAAGCUGUUUGUUCUUUGAUUAAGUAAUUUGAUUUCAAAAUGCAUAUAUUACUUGUUUAUAUUUAAUAAAAAGCAUAUAAUUUAAUACAAGGAAUAAAAAAAAGAAAUUUUGAAUUUUUUGAAUUUUGGUACGGGACAAACCUACACCGAUCUAAAAGCCUUGAAUGCAAACGCUGUCGUUCAUGCUUUGAUGAAGUAAUUUGAUUUCAAAGUGCAUAUAUUACUUGUUUUUAUUUAAUAAAAAGCAUAUAAUUUAAUAGAAGGAUUAAAAAAAAUUGAUUUUGAAUUUUUUUGAAUUUUGGAACGGGUCAAACCUCAUUUGAUGUCAAAAUGCAUAUAAUAUUUGUUUUUAUUUGAUAAACAACGCUAUAUAGGGAGAUUUUUUUGUUGUUUGCAAAUUUUUACAUUUUGUACAUACUCGAAAUUGAUUGCACAUGUAUUUUUAAUUUUAUUUUUAUAUACUCAAACAUGGAAAUUAUCAUUUAGUUUAGUUAACAAAAUGAAUUUUCCUGUAUAUAGAAAUUGUGAUUUUUAAUAUAUGCACACAUGCUAAACUUAAGUUAAUAGAAGGUUUACAUCAACGAUGACAUACAUAACUGGACAGCCUAGCCUAGACAUAGUUUUCGUUGUAACGGUACAAACACAAACAUACACUAAAGACUUGAACGUAUUUUGUAUUUACAAAACAGAGGUCCUGGGUUCGAUCCCCGGCUGGGCAGAUUGAGAUUUUCUUAAAAAAUCUCAAUCUACCCAGGUCUGGCUGGUGGGAGGCUUCGGCCGUGGCUAGUUACCACCCUAUCGGCAAAGGCGUACCGCCAAGCGAUUUAGUGUUCCGGUACGAUGCCGUGUAGAAACCGAAAGGGGUGUAGAUUUUCAUCCUCCUCCUACCAAGUUGCUCGCUUCCAUCUUAUACUGCAUCAUCACUUACCAUCAGGUGAGAUUGUAGUCAAGGGCUAACUUGUAAAGAAUUGAAAAAAAAAACGCAAACUGAUCGAUGACAAAUUCGGUGUAGCUAUUAUCUAUAAUGUAUAUUUAAUUUGACAAACUACUAAAAUCUUUUGACAAAAACUGCUCAACAAAUUACAUAGCAAAGCACAUAUAAAAAGUUUAUUCAAAGCAAGUUUUAAUCAGUUUGAAUAUAAAUACUUAAGUGUUUUUCAGUUAGCAUGGGUAUCGUGACAGUUGCCUGAAUGACGUUCAUAAUACAGUUUAAAGAGUGAAACGAACUGUCACCCGCUCCAUCCUACAUGAAACCAACUGUAAACUCGUGAUCUUGUUUCACUUCGAAUGAUUUAUGAAACAGUUUAUCAAAAUUAUAAAUUCUAAUGGAACUGGGAAUCAAACCCACGGCUGUCGGUCACAAAAAAGGUGUUCUCAGCAAGUUUUCUCAAUUUUUAUCUUGGUUAUGUUAAAUAUUUUUAAUGGCCAUAUAUUUUCAGAUAUUCAUAAAUACAAUUAUAUAUCUUUCUCUUAUAAAUAUACUAUUAUUCAAAAUGUACACAAAACAAAACUUGUCACACAUAACUUUAGUAUUUUUUAGAUACUUAAUAUAUUUCUUAUUUUUACAUUCAUGACACAUUCAAUGUGAAUGUUUCAUUUGUAUAGACUUGUCUUCACAUAAAUAAUUAUAGUACCAACAUUCUAACUAGAUUAAGUAAAUUUAUAAACUUAGAGGCACAAUUAUCCGCCCACUUAAAUAUACUCGUGUCAUAUAAAAGUGGGCGGAUAAUUGUGCCUCUGAGUAUAUGUUAUAGAAGAAUAAUGAUGUUAUUUUGAUAUAUAUUUUUUUUUCUCUAUUGUUUUGGUGUUAUGGUAAACUAAUAAAUGAAUUAUUUUUGAGUAAUUAUAAUAAGUACCUAUACUCAAAUAUUAGUGAAUAUCUUGUCUUUUAUUUUAUUUUAUGUGUUCGCAAUUAAUUGUUCUGAUAUUUUUUUCAAUAGUAAUAUAGAAAAUUUGCAGAUAAAUUGUGUUAUGUCUAAACUUUAAUUCUCUUUUGUCUAUAUAACUUGAAAAAUAUGCCUUAGUAUUAGGUCAUAAUUCUUUCUUCUUUAUAAUUUCUUCGAUUUUUGAGUUAAAAAUCUUGCACAUUUUAAGGCGAACUAUCACAGUAAACUAACUACCUAUGUACAUACUUAUGUAUUUAUUACAUGUUUCUUACUAAAUACACUUCAUAGUGAGUACAUUUGUUUCAAAACUAAUGUAUUCACUCCUGUAUAUAUAAAAUUUAUGGUAAAUGUGAUUUCUUAUUGAUAUUUUAGACAAUAUUCUUCUCUUCAACUUAAUAUACCUAAUUGCUGAGUAAUUUCUGAUCUUCUGCAAAAAAGGUAAUGUUCCAUUAAAUUAAAGGACCCAAAUGAAUAGCAAAAAUAUACAAUAUAGCGAAUUGCGUAGAAUUAAUUUUACAGUGCCUUGCCCAUGAUAUCGAAAUCAUAUUAAGAGGAUAGUUAUUUAGCUAUAUUGUAUAAAUGUUAAUCUGUCUUAUAUUAAGGCCAAUACUAAUCUUUUAACUGUUCAAUUUAUAACACCAAAUUAUAAAAGAAGUGUAUGCCUUUGAAGGAGAAUAAAUGAAAAUUAAUGAAAUUAAAUGCUUAAAUAUGUAUAUAAUAAUAAUAAACAUGUAUUUAAUAAUACUUAUUAAUACCAACUUUGCCAAAUAAUUCAUUAAAUCCGACAGUUUCCUCGGUGGUUAGUAUUCGCCUUAAUAAGACCAUUUAUUGCAAUCUGACGAAAUAAUAUUAUUAUAAUAUUGUUAGCAAAAUUAGACUUAGGAAAAUUAAAUUGAUUUGCAAAUUUUUCUAAAGUCAAUUUCAUUUACAAUGAAAUAAAAUAAAAAUAAAUGAAGGUUGAAUUUUGUGAUUUUUAUUAAAUUUUAUCAUUCCUGUGUAAUUUAAAAUAUAUUUUUGUUUUUAUUUGGAUUAAGUAUAUACGGUAAAAACUUUUUUAUUUAUUAAUUUAGGAAUGUUUUUUUAACGACUCCGAUUUGAAUGAAAUGCGUUUCGGUGUCCAAGAUAAUAGGAAUGAUUUUGUUUAAAAAAAAACUUAAGGCCACAACAAAUCGUCUAACUUAUGCGUCUAAGCACUCGAUCUACAUUAAUUAACUUCAAUAGCAACAACAGUUUAGUUGUAUCGCUUGGCAAGUUCGUUCGUAACACUACCAAUGGUCCGCGCGGGCCAGGUGGCGUGUACGUGUAUGCACCUCACUUCCCCGCACGCACGAUUUCACACCCGCGCGGCGUCUUUAGCCCGAAUUAAAAUCUGAAUUUUUAGUCAGUAGUUGCAGCUAAACUAUAGUAGUAUAUGGCAUCCGUGGCGCAGUAGUAUGCGCGGUGGAUUUACAAACGGAGGUCCUGGGUUCGAUCCCCGGCUAGGACAAUUGAGAUUUUCUUAAUUGGUCCAGGUCUGGCUGGUGGGAGGCUUCAGCCGUGGCUAGUUACCACCCUAACGUCAAAGUGAUUUAGAAAUCCAAAGGGGUGUGGAUUUUCAUCCUCCCUAUCAAAUUAGACUGCAUCAUCACUUACCAUCAAGUGAGAUUGUACGUGAAAGGAGUUGCGUGCGUCCGCUAGUUGUUUCAUUGGACGUAAGUUGAACUAGUUGUGGCCUACCCUUAAUUCUGAUUAUCUUUUUGUUUUUAAAAUAAGUAAUUAAAGAAAAUAUGUUAUUGAGACAGUUUUUGUAAUUUUAUCCAAUUUCAUAUUAUAGCCAUGGCGUUGUACCUGGUCAAUUUAAUAAUAUACUGACUACAAUUACUA